GGUGUGCGUGCAAGAGAGUGCGCGUGCAAACUCGAUGACGAAAACGUCUAUUGUCUUCUAACCAAUAAUACGCUCUGCUACGCUUGCUACACAUUAAACUGGUUCGGCCAAUCAUAGAGCCGCUUCAGCGAGGUACUGGAGUACUGCGCAUUUGAUGUUCGAUCUCUUCUGGAUUGGCUUUUUUGCCCGUUCUUUCUCCCAUUUCAAACCUUGUUGUAAGGCACCAUCUCACGUUCUAAGAAAAACGAACUCCGCCAGUUUGUUUUGUGCUGUUAACAGUCAGACCAGUGGAGGAUUUGUUGCUUUUUAACUUCUGGUUCUCAACAAAAAAUUUUUCAGCCCCAUUUUUCCGUACUUUAUCAUAAAGACUUCCCGACUUCCUAGUAUCAUGUAUUCCUACGUCUGUAUGAAACUCAAGUUCGGAGAAGGAGUCAAAAGUGCAAUUACAGCCUUCUUCAGGGCACACAAACAUCGAUGGCUGAUCAUCAAUUUCAACGUCGUCUUUACUUGCUUGACGCUUUCUUGGGCGAUGAAGGACUCUUAUUUCUGUGUUGGUGAAGAAUCCUUUUCCCUCCAUUAAUGAUAUAUUUGUGCAACCCAGGUGCCGUAUGUACAAAGAUUGCCAAGGGAUAAGCCUGCCGACCCCAACAGCGUAAGCUUUCCACACUCUUAUCCCAUUCUCUUCGUAUCUAAAGUUGUGCAACUCACUAAGUUGUUUUAUCUUCUGAACCUCAAGAAUUUUGGAUGACUCAUCCAAAAUGGCUACAGCCGCUGUUGUUCCUUUGACAAGCCGUUCCUUAAGAGCCUAGUGCAUUCGUGCAUUGCUCCUACGUUCAUGAUGUCAUGGCCUUCCGCGCAAUGUGCUUUCUUAAUGUUGCUUUCGUGGGACCAAGCACCCUGUCACAAACAUCCUUUCCUUGCUGGGGUUCUGGAAAAUCAUAACGUGCAACUGUAAUUCCCAUUCGAUCUCCAAUAUCUUUGACUGCUGCUAUUAGGUGAUUGCAAGGGUAGCAGCCAGCCUCGUCACAACGUAGAAAUGCCUGCUUAACAUUUGGAAAAUUUACUUUGAUGUUUUGAAAAAGGUUUUUUAAAAUAGAUACAACCGCAUACCAAUCUUGCCAACACGAAUAUAAUAAAUGGGCAUACGACAGGACCUUAGCUUUCUGCGUUUCUUGGUCUUUUGAUAUCACACUGCUUAUAUGCCACCUAAGGCCUCUUUUAGCAAACCAUUCACUUUGCUUUCCUCUGUAUUUCAUUUGAAGAAAUUUCAUCGGCCAGUCAAUAACAAAAAGGACUGAUUGACUGUCAAGACUUUGGAGGGCUUCUUGUUUAGCAGAUUCUUGGUUAACAGAGCGUAAGGCAUGAGAUUUCCAAAGAAAACUGCCAUUCUUGGCUGCCAGUUCUUGGCUGUAAAGAUGGCUGGAUUGUUUCUUUAUACUUUCUUCUAUCUCCUCCAACGUUGCAUUCAAUUGUUCGCAUUGUUCACACACCAUAUUGUGUGAGUGUAAGCACUGAUGGUUGAAGCAUGGAUCAACUGGAUCGCUUAACGCAAAUUUUCUGCAGUGGUCUGCGCACUCAGUCUCCUCUGCUGAACAGUUCACUUUAAACUCCGUCUUCAGGUAUCUUUUGCCAUCGUUCAAUCUCUUUGCCAGUUCUGUAACUCUUCCUUUGUCAGCACCAGCCUGAUUCAGCUCUUCUAGAAUACUCAAUAGCCGCUCAAAAGAUGCGACCCUUCGCUGCAAUGUUGUCCAGACCACUGAGAGACUUCUACGGUGAAGCCUCUCUCACUUCAAGAAUGCGAAAAAGGGUUGAGCGGCUAGCCGGUUCAAAUGAUUCUUGUUUGCAAUGUUGAAGGUACUGCAUAAUCAUGGUCGAUCUAGUCACGGUCCGGAUUACGUUUGGCAUUGUUAUUUUGCCUCCCCCAUUUAAGGUCAGUGUUCGCGUUCCAAAGGCGACGUCUUGGUAGAAAUAAGGACGGUUUACAAAAUCUAUGAAGUGGUUGACUUUGCUUGUGUCCAGACGUACUCGAUGGCUGAAUACUUUCGGGAGAUUUGACCCAGGCCCUCGUUUCCUUGCAUGCAAUCUCGCUCUUUUUAUUUGUCUCAAACUUAUCUUUUCAUAAAGCUCGGGGAAUUUCUGUAACAGCUUCAUGGUAUACCGAUAAGCGUAGAUGCUGAGUAUUUGAAUCUUAACAUUCUUUGUCAUGGCAUCUCGAUAUGCAGACAUCAAAGCAAUGAGAUCCUCUGUUGGUUCAUCAAGAUCGUUCGCGGUAGGCUGGCGUAUAGUCUGCUACACAGCCGUUUUUAGUGUCGUCACGUAACGCUCCUCCCCACUAACGGCUGCUGAAAACCGAACUACAUUCCUUUCCCGUGAUUAGCCAAUUAUAAUUCAGCUCCCAUUUUCUGGAAAGUGUUCGCGCCACCUUUGCGGUACUGUGACUCCUCCAAUCAAAGCUUUGCUUUUAUCGUUGCCCCAUGUGUGAAUGACAGAAUAAUCAAAAUCGUCGCGUGAAAACGAGCAAUUAACUACAGUGUUGUCGUAGUCGAGUCUUAUUCAAAAUUUAUAAUAGGAGAUAAGCAGCAACAGCAAGAAAGUCGAGCAAAUUGCGAUUCACAACAUGGAUGUGCUCAUAAAGUUGCCAGGUAUAGUUUCGGGAAAUCGCUCAUCGAUAAUUUAUAAGAUUGCUUUUUGACUCAGUACCCUUGAGAGUUUAGUCUUCACAGAACACAAUGAGCACAUCCGGUACAUUAAAUUCUUCACUACAUAUCAGCACAUAUGCACGUUAAAUGACGAACCAACCGAUCCUGGUAAAAGUUUUCUAGGCCUAUCAAACCUUCUUUUCACUUGGAACUUUCUUGACCGCUUAAAACAAACUUUUUUGCAAAUUAACCUUUUCGUUGCUUGAAAACACAGAGCCCGUCUAAAUUCAGCGACGAUUGAUUGAUUUGUCGAAAACUGAGAAGCGUGCUCGCUGCCUAGCGCCCUGCGGCUCACGUAUUGUCAAAUUUCUUGUACAUGAUUGGUUUGUUCGUUAGACCACAAACACAAAGGGAAAGGAAUGUAGUUCGGUUUUCAGCAGCCGUUAGUGAGGAGGAGCGUUGCGUGACGACACUAAAAGCGGCUGUGUAGCAGACUAGCUGGCGUAUCGCUUGAAAAAGCGUUUCGCCAUCUUUCGGAGCUAUAACACUGCAGAUUACUUUAGAUGCUUUCGUUGCUUUCUCUAAGCAAGUUUUUCUUUCAUCCGGUAUUGCUUCCUCCCAUGUCGUGGACAGUUGGAAUGUUAGUGGCACGUCUUUCUGCGAACUACCACUUCCAAUCCCACUCCAACAUCCAGGCGUCCAGUUAGCGUCUGCAAACCUGUCUGCUUGUGGGGACUCAGGGGCGAAAGUUUCUUUUAGCAGCCUGAUAGAAUAAAAGGCGCCUUUAAAUUUUUUUUUGUCAAUACUGUGCUACAGUUCGCCAAGAAGUUUGAAACAAAACAUUUUGGCACUUUUGAAAAGUGACAUCUUAAGUAAACCGACAUACGUUAUGGACGCAAUAUUAUAUCACCCUUGAUAAAGUGCGGCCGCUAUUUAAGCUCCGCCGUGAAGGCAAAAAAACGCAACCCGAACAUGACACUCUCCCUAAAACAAUGUCGGAAACUUAUUUUUCUGCCUAGCACUGUUUUGUAGUUCGGAACGGCGAAAGUUAGCAAGCCCAUUUUUUCCACCAAAAGGAACUAUUUUUUUAUAUAUCUAUGAGGAACGCCGCCCUCAAUAUAAUCGCAUUCCGCAAAUGAGCGCUGCAGUUGAGUCGCAAAAUCGGAAUGAUAAAUGCCUCAGCGCGUAAUUCAAGGAAAGGGUCCAAAUGCCGAUCCUUUUAAAAGUGUUUAGAUGUCCCAAGACCUUUUAGGGGUUUGUUCAGAUGUCAGUUUUUUACAUCAUCAACAUGAAGAAUGCAGGAAUCUACAAGGAGAGGUAGAUAACCGCCAACAACGAUCGUUUACCUGUUUCUUAAGCCGUAAGCUGCAUGCAUCACGAUCUAACUUCCUUAUGUUUGCAUCUACACCCCCACAUAUUGCUAAAUAGAAAAGAUUGAGUGGACUACUGAGUUCAUCAUGGUUUUGAAAUUUUUAUGACAACAGUAACAAUUACAGUACUUCGUCAUCUUCAUCGUCGUCUUCAUUAUUUUUCCCUUAUCUCUUUGUUUUCUCAAAGAGAAAAACACUCAUCGUGGUAAAGAAUUAAGUAAUUAAAUUAUUAUACUAUUUUUAAUUCUUACGUGAUCCUAUUCCCACGGUGAGUUUAAAAGCCGACUACAUGUAUGUUCUUCGCAGUCUCCAAACCAAUUACAUGCCUUUCAUUAGAAAGUUUCUUUCUUGGUCCACUGUGCGAUGGAUGGCAAGAACGAGGUGGCCGCCAAAAUUUUCCGAGUUUAUACUGAUGUUGUGGGCAAAUUACCAUCUGCUCCACUUGAUCUUUCGUAAGGUAAAAAUGACCGGCCCUUGACAGUAUUAGUUCCGCUUCACUGAGUCCAGACUUUGAUAGGUGACAGAUUUCAAGCUGAGUCGUAAUUGUGUCCUGAUAUUCAUCUACUUUUACCAUUUGGGACAAACCGCGCGAACUUCCACACGUUAUUUUCGUAAUUUCGCUAAAGUUGCACGGUUCGAAAUUCAUGUUGAAGUAGUCGUAUUUGCGCGUGCCAACUUCGCUUAGUGAUGAGGGACAGGAUAGAUAACUUUCGACCUGUUUGAAUUGACAGCGAACUAUAAGAAGCGAAUCAACUCAAAAUAAAGCGGAAACUUUACCAUUACGGGACUAUGUCAUGCUAUUUGCUAUCUUUUUUAAAAGGUAAAAACUUUUUUUUGCAUUAAUUGAAUUCCAAAAAUGAUGGUCCAGUUUUGUGAUUUAAGACUAUUAUUUGAUAUUGAUAUUGACAUUGUUUACCGUCGUCUGUUGGAAUGGAUUGAAACUUAGGCCAACAACAACAUACAUGACAUACAGCAACCAGAUGAGUACAUGAUCGAUUCAGAUGCGUAAGGUGACGAAGAAGGUGACUUUGAAGUAGGUUAUAGCAGGACAUGCAUGACCAGGUCGGGAAGAUCAGUACGUGACUGGUGCGUCUGUAUCUAUGAGGCCGGUGUCAUUUAAUGGUGAUACGACUAAAUCUAUUUUUUUAUUAUUUGUACUUACAGCAACAAUCAUUUAAUAGGAGCCUUAGCUUUAUAGCAAUCGUUUACCCAUUUUUACCUCUUCGAUUAGAUAAUUGUUCUCUUCUGAGUCAGUGUUAAUUAAGUCAUCCAAGUAUCACUUGAGAAGUAAGGAUUUUCAUACACCCAAAUUUAAUACUUUACAUUAAGGGAAACAUUCUAUGAGGUACUAUGGACCAUAUAUAUGGUCUAGAUUGGACAGCAAAGUCAAAGACAAACCUAUAGCUUACAAUCUUUUAAGUCCAGCAUAAGGCGCAUUAACCUUGUAGAUCUUAUAAGUGACAAUUGUGGUUCCUGUGUAAUUUGUAGUUCGUAAGGUAUUAGAACUGCUAUAAUAAUAGCUAACCAAAAUUAGUAUAGUUAACUAAGAAUUGGCCAAAAAGAUAGUAGUUAACUGAUAUUUGGCCGAAAAAUUAUAGUAGUUAACUGAGCAUUGGGUACCCCCAUUAGCACCCUCUUACAAUGCCGCUCUGGAGGCAUGGUCCCCCCAAAAAAUUGUUAGAAAUUGGAUUGUCCAUUAUAAGUUGUAUCCCAUGCGUACGCUUUGAGUGCAAUUAUAUCAGACAACUAAAGUCAAUACAGAUGUUGCUGGUAAAAAGUUAGAAUCUUACAUGAGAGGACAAGCACGAUGUUUACUGGAAGUACAAUCUCACGCAGAGUUGUAAGCAGAAUUGUAAGCUUUGUCGGAAGCUAAUGCGACUUAAUGCCAUUUAAAAUUCGCGCUCCUCGAAAGUGCAUAAUUUUUCUUUUCGUGUAUUAAUAUAUUUACGUUUUAUUUGAAUUAAAACAUAAGAAUUUUUUCUUCUCACGGAGGUUAUUUGCUAAACACCACACUAUAAGUUCCUGGUGUCGGAUUUUCAGUAGCACGUCUAUUUCGGGCAAAAUUCGGAUUUUAUCGAUUUUGAAGUUUUUUGUUUAUUGUUGUCAUAGUGAUAUCGAUUUUACUGUGAAGUGCAUUUUGACAAACUUCAUUUCAUAGGCAAUCACUGGGGAAACGUUUGUAGCGAUCGAACAAGGAUAAAAUCACUUUUAGGCAAUUGAAAAACAUCGGUAUGGUCUCCGAAAAACUGUAUCGAAACACCUUAAGGCUGCACUAUAGGUGACACACCCAUAGGUGCAGUGUAACCCAGUGAUUCUCUAGGUAGAGCUAUAUAACAAAAAUGUAGGCCACACUUUAGGUCUCUUUUCUCUUUUCGUGGCCGUCAAAUUGAAACCAGAGAUCGUCUCCCAAGGGGAGUUAAUAGUUAACUUGAGACGUAACUGUCGCGUCUGACGCGCCAGACAAACAACCAUUUGAUACCAGCAAUAUUUACCGUCCCUGAUCGGAUUCAAAAUCCCUUCCAAAACGACUCAUAAACGCAGGAAUACUCCAGGUAAAUAUCCUAUUAUUUUAUUAGCUAAUACAACGUAGAUACGUAACAAUUAUUCAACGAGGGCGCGUUGGAUAUGAGUUGGCUAAUAUAAUCAUCUCAUAUCCAAGCACGAGUGGAAUAAUUGUUUUAUUAAAAAUGCCCACAACAUUUCGUUGAAUCUCCCCGAUUAAAUUUUGUUAGAACAAACCGGAAAAGACAAGGGACUUCCGCUAUUCACAAGUCACACGUCUAUCAAAACUGUCAACGCGCGAACGGACUCGCCUGGACUGGAUGAAUGAUAAAUCAAAACAUUGUAGCGAUGAACACUUUUAAAAACUCAUCGGGAUUCUAGGAUUUUACAAUAAUGUGAAGAAAAAGAAUUUUUAAGUGACAGCCGUCGAAAUUACUGUGAAUUUGGAUUUUCGGUGCUGUUACAAAAGUAAGAACAACGGAGAAAAACUAUUACCUCGGUCGCUUGUUAUCAAAAAAUGACAACAACUUAAGCUUAAAACGUUUUGUAUAUAGAAAUUCACCAUUAGACGGGACUGUUCGGUCAGGUCAUUCUGCUGUUAUGUAGUAUGAAAGGGUAAUAAUUGGCUUGAGAAACUACAUUGUAGGAAUAGGUCUUGGAGUCAUUUUCGUUUGUAUUUUUAUUCUAAAACACCAAAUUUAUAUGAUACACGGUACGCGGUAUUUUGAGUACUCCUGUGGUAUGCGAUGUUCAGGUACGAGUGAAAUUAAAGCAACAAACGACAAAGCGAUAAGAAAGGAGCCUUGACAAACAAUCGAGGCAAGAAAUAUAAUUCAAUGAAAAAUUUAAAAAUUUAACUCAACUGCUGUGUUGCCGUUGAUGACUGAGCAUCAUCAAGAAAUAAUUCAAGACCCACUGAUGCUAUAUUUUUAGAUUUCUCAAAAGCGUUUGACUCUGUGCCUCAAGAACGGCUGUUCCUCGGCUCAAAUUAAAAUGUCACGGGAUCGAAGGCUCGUUACUGCGUUGCUUUAGAAGCUUUCUGAGUGACCGCAAACAACGUGUUGUUGUUCGAGGCACCCACUCACCCUGGUCUUGUGUAACGUCGGGCGUUCCCCAAGGGACGAUCCUGGGCCCAAUUUCUAAUUUACGUCAAUGACAUAUCUUCUAACAUCCGGCUUCGACAUUAAGGAUGUUUCCGGACGACACCAAGGUAUACAGAGAACUGCCAAACAUAGCAAUGGACAAUGAAGCCCUAUACAAUUUUAUGUCGAUCAGUUACUAUCCUGGGCAUCUAAACGGCAACUACGCUUUAGUCCCGUUAAAUGCGAGGUUUUAUAACGCACAAACGAGACCUCUCCCUCCCUACAUACCCGUUGGGUAAGAGCCUUAAAAACGUAAAGUGCGUCAAGAAUUUGGGCAUUAUGGUGUUAUACGAAUCUCUCGCGCGCCCGGUUAUUGAAUAUGCUUCUCCGGCCUGGAACCAAUAUGUGACCAAAUAUGUGCUAGCGUAAGAAAGAAUUCAGCGAAGAGCCUCUCGUCUUGCUCUCGGGCAAAAACGAUGUGAGAUGGAAUACGAAGAUCAUUUAAGGAAAAAACUGAAGUGGCCUACACUCGAAACACGUAAACAUUUUCUUUCUUUAGUUGAAUGAUACUGAAGAUUGUUUUUGGCAUGAACAAACUAAACUUUGACGACCUUUUUGAAUUUACCAAGUGCAAUUCAACCCGCGCUAACCAUCCGUAUAAGCUAUAUGUAAAGCCAGCAAAUAUAUCUAUUUUUAUCUUUUGAUUUAGGGAGACAUCAUAGGGUCAACCUCCAGUUUUCCUUUUCAAGAUGUUUUUAUAAUUUUGAGUUCAUUAUCUUGAAUAAAUACGUUAUGUUAUGUUAAAAGGACAACAAUUUUCAUUCCCGAAGACAUGUAUUGAGAGAAGGAAGUGUUUCUUCGAAAAUUCUUGGGUCAUUAGUAAAACCUCGUCUAGAUUUAAGCUUGAGGUAAUACCCUUGAAAUUGGUCUACUAUCAAACUUUUUUUGAAACUUGGCAUAAUCAACAUUCAUGAUAUGAACAUUGAAAAAAUGCAAUAAAAAGAUGGGGUCACCAUGCUUGUUUACGUGUCGGCAGGCUCUUAAACUGGGGAAUUUUUACUUGUUGCGCGUUAAAAAUUCGAAUCCCCUUCUUACAGAGUUAAGUCUUUGUUACUUAAAACACACAAAAUUUUAUCUUGAACAUAAAACUUCUUUUAUUCAAAUAAGCAGUAUUGCUUCAUUUAAUUCGUUUUUGAUUGCCUGGUUGUGGGGAUAUUGCACUUUUUCGGACAGUUCCGUAGUUAGCUUUAAGUCCUCGCCUUGACCCAAAUACACCAAAUGCGAAACUAUUUUCCCCAAAAAAUCAUGUUCUACUAUCAAACUUUUUUUCUUCCUCAAAUGUGCUAUUUAUUAGACUGUUAUCAGCAAAUACCUGUGAAAAAAAAAUCGGGGGUCACCGUGCUUGUUUCCUUACAAACUGCUGUGAAAGGUGGACAUGGUUUUGAGAUCGCAGUCAGGAUGGAUAAUUUGCGCGGCGAGGACUGGGGCGAGAUACAAAAUAACGCCCAUCGUGUUCGUAGUAUUCACUCGAGAUCAACCUUAAUUGUUUUCGGUUGUUUUCAUGUGUUUGAUAUCGCCAACACAGAAAGUCAAACUUGAAAAGAAUACAUUAAAUACCAAGGAAUGAGGUAAGUCAAGAUUUGAUGAGAUUUUGGAGUUAUGAAUCCUUAUUUUGGACUAUUUUGUAGGGCCGGCGUUCUGUUUGAUUCCAGUGAGCUAGGGUUCGAUUUUUGCCUUUGCACGAUAAUGCUUGACAAAGAAACUUGAAGAAAAGACUAUUGAUCCCUAUUCUUCACAUGUUCGCUUGUUUGGUUUCUAUACACAGCAAAAUGUGAAUUCAGCAGCAAAUUUCGUUUUUACAUCAAAGACUGGUAUCACUCGCGUGGUUCUGGACCAGGUGCUACAGUGGGUCUUAUUUGUUCCAGAAAUAUUCGUCUUUCCACUCUCGGAGUUUGAACAACAUAUGUACAGUAGCGAUCCCAGUCCAGAUACUGGCUCAAUAAUGCAGCUGGAGAGCCGUAGAGCUGUCCCACAAGCUUCACAGGCCCCAUAAUCCAAAGCCUCAGCCAGGACAUUUUAAUAGUUCCACAACUCGACGGCCGCGAAGUGGAAAACCACUGCAGACUUCGGGAACACGCACAUUUCUUUCAUUUUCUUGUUUUUCGAUAGCAAACCAGGACGCUGUCAGCCUAUCUGCGGCAUUAUUAUGGCGAAUAAAAGCUUUAGCUCUGCAAAAGGGGCCCUUGUUUGUUCUUUUCGCGCUAGUAGGAAGAACCGCCGCCAUCUUUGAUGUGGCAAUGUUAUGCGCAGUAGAGGGACUGCGCAGUGCAAAACAAAGGAAUGACCUUAAGCUUAAGUUUUAAGCCGGUAUCGCCGUGUUUGCUAUUUUUCAAGAUGAACUCGAGGCACAAAGCUUUCUUUUUACAACCUAAAGGAUAGCUAAAUAUUCUUCAGAACGUUUUCUCUCUAGUUCAGAUCAUUGUCUCACUAUCUUACAAAUGUGCGUAAAGUGACGGCAUCAACAACGCUCGACUUCAUAAAAGUUAAGACCAGAAAAAAAACCAACAAAAAAUGAAACAAACAUCAAAUGCAAUACAAUUACUGGGGCUUACCGGUCGAGAUGCAGCUCGAGGAAGCCAUCAAGUAAGGCCAGGAUAGCUCAAGACUUUCCAACCCUCUUACGCAUCCAGCAAGGUGAAGUAAGCUUAAUUUUGAAAACGAUGAUUCCUGAUUACUUUUUGUCAAGCGGCGCAACCAAUAAACAAGCCAGCCAUGAAUAAGAAAAUAAUCCGUUGAUAGCAGCUGUAUUUCAUUUUGUGGUUCCAGUGUGAAAAGACGGUUAAAACAUAAUAAGAUGACACAAAACUCUGUCAGCUUCAGAUAUCCGUAAAAGUAUACAGAUGCUGCAUAAAUUUUCCACACAAAUCCUCUUCGCUAGCUUUGCUUGGCCUGUUAAUUCUUACCCCCUCCCUUCUUUCCCUUCGCUCUUCACUGUAAAAAAAUUGAAUUCAAUCCGCUAUUGUUUGCUGCCAUAACAAUUUUCUUUCUUUGUGGAAACUCGAGAUAAAGGAAAUCGUUUAAAUCGCAACGGAUCGGAAACAUAACGUGUACCCGGUGAAUCUUUGUUCGGCAACGUGGCGUGGUUACCAAGCCGAUCUCAGCGGUCAUCGUACUUGUUGUGUUGGUUUUGGACGCGGAUUUCUACCAGCGUUGAACCGUUUAAUCGGGGAAACAAACUGCCGUUUGGCUUCGCUCGCAGGGACGCGAUUGCUUAGCUAGGGAGCUAAAAUGAAAGUUAAACCUUUGCAGUGCGAUUCUACGGUGGAAUUUUGGCCGUGGGGAAAUUUUGAACUGGAAUUUUUGGCUUCUUUCGGCGGGCUGUCCAUAUUGCGUGUGUUUGGCCUUGUCCUCUCUUUAUUAGUGAAAUCUCUAUUCCUCGGAGAUUUCCCCGUCACAGUCACUCCUCCCAAGUAAUGCACAAAUUUUAAAUUUAAUGUUAGUUAACCUAUUUAUUAUCGUUUUUAUUCUGCUUGUAAUUCAUUGUGUGUGGCAAAAUAAUAAAAUAAAAUAAAAUAAAAUAAAGGAAAUCGCAACGGAUCGGGAAAAUAACCACACAGGAAGCAAGAAGACACCAAGUAAGCAAGGCAAAGCGUAUUUUAUUGAAAAUCCAUGCGAGUAUUUAUCUUCUCGAAUCUAUUACCUGAAUUCCCAUACUAAUCCUUUACAAUGACGGUCAGUUUGAAAAUUACGCAACCACAAGUACUCUCAUAUUGAGCUUGGGCCGCCUGUGAUUUGACACCGACAGCGGGCCGGCUCACCCCAGCAAGACGUUGACCAUGGUACCAUGGUUUUUCAACGCCGACCAUGUUUAAACAUGGUCGGCCAUGGUUCGACCGUGUUGUGUGACCAUGGUGUGUUAUCAGCCCUUGACCAUGGUAUAUUGCCAACCAUAAUGGCAACAAAGUAAAUUACUGCUUUUUACUAAGUCAGUGAAAGCACAUAACAGCACAUAAUAAUUUUAUUUUUUCGAAUAAAUUAUUAGAAAUGCAUUGAGUUAAGGCCACGCCAAACCAUGGUCGACCAUCUCCAAUCCUUAGUCCGACACAAUUACAGUCGAACCCGACUAAUAAGGACAUCGAUCCAAGGGUCCGUAUUAGAGAGGUGUCCGUAUAAAAGAGGUCACUAUGAUGACGUCACUUUAAUGACUCCACUUACAGUUUUAAGCGUUCAGUAGCUAAAACCAGGCUCACACUCGUCUUUAAACUAGCUGCAUUUAAAGUUGUUAAUUCACAGUACAAAGACACUGUCUUUUAGUAGCAUACAACAUUGUACAUCUCAGCUAUAGACAAAUCACUGUUUUAAAGCGAAACAAGCUACAGCGCAAAGCUGCAUGUAAAAAGUUGUAACGUAAAGCACAAUUCUGAAAGCGUCUUUCGCUAUUUUGCAAGUGCAGUAAACAGUAACUAAAGUACAAAAUGUAAUAGAAAAGAUCUUUAUGCUGUCUGUGGUUAUUGGAGCCUUCAAAAAGUCGGUUAUGCUCCUCUGUACACCUUUCGCAAAUCGUUGUUUCACAGCGACUGGGCUUUAUAUCACCUUGCAUAGCUCAUCAGACCAGUCGGGAUUUUCCCUGUGCAGAUUCACCUGAUCGGGAUUCGGGAUUCUCCUGAUCACCGCAGUGUCCGUAAUAAAGAGAUUAAUUUUAUAUUAAUUUACUCUCUGGGGCCGAGAUUUAGUGUCCGUUCAGUCCGUGUUGGAGAGAGUCCGUAUUAUAAAGGUUUUUUUUAAUGAAAAUAUAUGGGAAUUUUGUCGGGACAUUGGAAACUGUCGGUAAUAGAGGUGUCCGUAUUGGAGAGGUUCAACUGUACUGCAAUUCAAUUCUUGUUCAUUUUUUUAGUUUUAUUUUCCUUUAAUUAUUUUAGGUAUAGGCCAAACACAAUCCAUUGAUAACAUUUUCAAAGAAUUUUUUCUGUUUUUCUCGAGCCAUGGUAACCUUUGUACGACCAUGUCUGAAUCCUCGCUAGUGGAAUUAAUGCAAUCGGUGGGAGUGGUACACGAAUGCCUUAAUGCCUUUUUUUUUAUAUAUCCAAUGGAUUGAACGAGGCACAGGAAGACACAAGUUUCGUGUCACAACCCGGGAUCGAACAAAGUAUUUUGUUGGAGAGUGGCUUAGCAAGGUCGAUUGUACCUCGAGUCAUAAGAACGUUGCAUUUUGCUAGCUGUAUUGUGGCCGGAAAGAAACAAUGCGUUAACAUAAUUAAGAAAAAAAUUACCUGAUCAAUAUUUGAGACUGUGAUUAUUCUCCUUGCUUGUGUAUCAGUCACCAUACUAUGCUUGAUUAAGCGUGUUUUCUCAACUCCUGCAGCUCGAUCCGAAUUUGAUCGGCAGAUUUGUUUGAUUCGCGACGACCGCACAAAAGCAGGCACAGAUCAGAAGUAUGGCUCAGUCAAUUCCAAGCGUGCACAUCCCCCUUCGGGCAUUUGUCGGGCAUUUGUCAUUUUCAGUUUGGAAAAGCUGCAAAUGCCCCACGGCGGGGCUUAAAAAUAGGGUGCAAACGGCCCACCCGGGAAAAUACGAAAAUUGCAUUUUCCAGUAAAUACCAUAUUUAUAGGAAGUCUGUAAUAAUCUGAUCGUUCCUAGCGGUAGUUAUAAUUAUUGCAAAAAAGAUCACAUUGAUCUGAUUAAUCUCAAUGACAGAACUAUAAUUAAAAUUUUAAUAAUACCUUUCUUAUGUUUAGGUGGGUGGUUUAGUAUAGUGAAUGAUUAACAAACAACCGAGGCGCUUUAAUACAUGAUUAUUUUUUGUUCACGAUGGAACUAUUGCAUGAAUUGUGGCAUUGAUUAGAUUGCCAGAUUGUCGUAUUGAUCGUACAAUACACGAAGUUUAUAUUAGCUUUCAAAUAUCUCGCAGAGUUUUUCUAGGCCUUUCUGUCUUGACUGUCUUGACAAUUCACGCGCAAAGAAAGUGCCUUUUUCUUUUAACUCUUCAAACGAUACAUUGAUUGUUUUUUCCUCCAUGCCCAAGCUGAUCACGAUGGCGGGAAGCAAUUUCUUAGACGGAUGCAAAAAGUACUGUGGGGUAGGCAAGUGAUGGAGCGAAAACCACCCAUAUCUUUUUAAAGUAUAAGUAUUAAAAAUAUUCUUUAUAAAACUAUCUAAAUAGGUAUAUUUUUUUAGUGAAAUAUUGAAAAAAGAAUGACUCGGAGGGAGGGCCCAGCUUUAUUGUUUUCAUGUGUUUGUCUGUGACCGAUUCAUCUCUGCCAUUGUGACGUCACAUACUUUGCUUUGUUGUUACUUUCAUCUGCUUGCGUAAACCCUCUUGGUAUUUUGUGUCCGUCAUUUCGUAAAAUUUUAAAAUUGGUGUCGCGGACCGUGUUUACGGAACCAGCAAGAGCAUGAAAUUGGCAACGUCUAGUCUCCAGAAUAGGAGGUUUGAUUCAGAGGUUACACACGAUUACUAUGUUCAAUAUCUUCGCUGAUUAAAUCGACCGUACUUCUCAUCAAUCCGUUCGAGUGUGGGCCUCUGUUUAUUUCUCAAUUCUUCACUAAAUUCAGUACAGCUUUUCUGAUUGAUUUUCUACAACGAUCGGCCCUUUGAACCCGAAAUAACAAUGAGAAAUAGCUUUGAUAUACGUGCUUACGCUAAUUUUUUCAAACAGCGUCUACGCCAGAGAAAUAUGGUUUAAAAAAAACAAAGUCACUUCACCAAACACUGACUGGAGUGGCACAAUGGUGCAGUGGUCAAGGAGUUGCUUGCACGUGCAGAUGAACUAGGUUCGACUUCCGGCGAAGCUCUUUUCUGUUUCUUUAUUGUACAGUAUUUUAUUCUGUGACGGAAUUUUCAGAGGUGGUUUGUUAAGCCAGAUGUAGGAACGAUAUUUACCCAAAAUAUGCAGAUAUUCGAGGUGGUAUGCAAACAAUGAAAUCUAAGGCCAAGACUAAAACAAAUAGCUCUAUGCCUUUGCCAAAUUAUCAGGACUAACAUACCAGGUUGAAAUUUACCAAAAUUAUGCAUAAUUAUCAACUGAAAAUAAGAUCCUGCCAUUGUCCUGACUGCGAUUACGGUAAAGAAAGUUUCACCCCAAUACUUGCCGUACAGAAUUUUAGUAGUUGGACUGGUUUUCCACAAAUUAGCAUAGAAAUGAAUGAGAAUUGGGAAAUAUUUUUGGGAUGUAAAUAAUUCUGACUUGUUUUUUUUUUUUUUAGUACCUUUCAUGUGCUUGAGCCAAAACUUCGACCUUUUUCGGCAAAUUUAUUUCGAUCCUUCUUUCUUGUUCUCUUUCUUAGUUUUGUUGCCCACUUUAUCGUUAUUCUUUCCUAUGGAAUUUCGGCUGGCUAACUUCCCAGAAGGAGGAAAGUUUUAUCUGGAACAAGAGUAAUAGGUGAAUACUGAAAUUGGCAGUAGAUUUUCAGUUCCCCAAAAUGUUAGUCUGCCGGGGUUGGUGAGAAUAUGUCCUUCAUUUGCCAACUUAAUCACGUGAUUAAACUGAAGAACAAACUUGGAUCAAUUCUGUGAAAUAUUGUUUGCCGAAGCCAAGAAAGCGUUACUUAACAUUAUUUCAGUAAACAAAAGGAAAAAGAACUAAUUUGUUUCCACUUUCAACACACUAUUAAAUUUAUAUAGCGAUUCACAAAACUAGUUUCGUCAAACGACCUCUUCAGUUGAUCGCCACAGUAUUCUAAAUAACAGACACUCUACGUAGCAAUGCAUAAAAAAAUGGCAAUUAGUAGUAAUUGAAAUACAACAGUCCAUUUUUUCACGCGAAAUGACCCGAUCCUUUACCAAGGGAUUAGUAAUACCACGGCUUUCUUUAUCGGGAGAAAUGUCUUUUACAAAAGUGUGUAACUUCACCUUAUGAGCUGUUUAUUGUUUAUUAUCAUUUUACCAUACAAAGAAACAUAUAUGUAUAAAGGUUAAAAGAAGAUGAGGCAAGGGAGCCUAAGGAAGCCAAUAAGGCUUCUGAAUAGGACCCCCUUAUUAUGUCAUAUAAAUAAUAAAUAAGAAAGCGGCGCCGUUUCACCGUUCGACUGUAAAACCGUUUCGCUCAUUGUGGUUUCUAUUCUAAUUAAGUUCGACGCUCAAGUCAGUUCGACGUUUGACUCAGCAGUCGAACUUAAGGUCCACCCAAAUCGUAAUUUAGUUCGUCUCAUGAUAAGUUCGACGUCUUACCCCCUCCUUAAGUGAACGAUUAUACUACCUAAUUGCUACUUAAUUUCUCGUUCUUAGCGAUCGUAAAAAAAAUCGCGAAAUUAAAAACCCGCGAAUAUAACCACGCGAAAUUUAAAACCUCUGUAUAAAAUUCAAAACACACCAAAAAAUAUUAACAAUUUAGCAACAACAAAUACAUUAUGUUCAACAAAUACACAAAUUGUUGAUUGGUUUUACUGGUAGUUCCAUUUUGUAUCUUCAGUUGUCAAACGACGUUAAUUGCAAAGAUUUCACACAUUGCUUGUUCCAGUUUAUCUAGAAAUUUUAAAAAGUUCAGACUUUUUGAAAAAUAACUCCAUUUUGAGAACGCUUAAAUCGCGAAAUUUAAUGGCCUUUUUUUCAUAUUUGCCUGUUGAAAUCGCGAAAAUAAAACCCCGCGAAAAACUAUCUUGCCAAAUUCGCGGAAUUAAGAAUUUCUUUUUUUUUUUUUCUGAACUUGAAAUAGUCCAGUUUCGAAUUAAAAAUUACCGCCGAAUACAAACAUUAACGACACAUUCAUACAGGGUUAGCCUCGACUUGAAGUAACAUAUUCUGAAAUUCUGGCAAGUAAGAGUUUGAAAUUUGAAUAUACACAAUAGACAGAGUAAUAAACAGGUCUUUUUCUCGUUGGAAUUUGUGAAUAUAUUACUUCAGAUGGAGGCUAAGGCUGUAAAAAAUGCGUCUUCACUUCUUUAACUCAGCGGUCAUAGCGAACUCGAAAAUGGACUAUUGAACUUGUCUACUUUUUUCAUGAAUUUUUGCGGCAUAGGUAUUUCGAGUACUAUGUUUUCGUUUUCCUUUUCCAGAUUGUUCCAGUUAUUACUUUGAAAAAUACCAAGAUUUACCAACCAGAGGAGCUCUCGCCGUGGAACAUUUCACCAUUAAUGGAAGUCUUUUUCUAGCGUUCGCCAACUAUGAAAGUGACACCGCCGAAAAAUACAACACACAUUCUUUCAUCUACAAGUUCAACGAUUUGACUGGAAAAUUCUUUCUUUACCAGACAAUAGGCACACAUGGAGGGCAUGACGUAGAAUAUUUUACAAUUUCUGGUGAACAUUAUCUUGCCGUUGCUAAUGUUGAUAAUGGAACUACGCACAGACUAAACUCAGUUAUUUAUCUUUGGAAUGGAAUAUCGUUUUUUGCUUUUCAAAACAUUGCAACGACAGGCGCAGCCAGCUGUAAUUUUCUUACAAUAGCGAAAGAACCUUUUCUUACCGUAUGCAAUCUCUAUGGUGAUGUUCCGCAAAAAGCCAACUCAACCAUCUACAAGUGGAAAAACAACAUGUUUGAAAAGUUUCAAGAGAUAGCGACAGAGGGAUGUCGUGCAAGUGCUGCGUUUGUAAUUAACAAUGAAAGCUACAUUGCCUUCGCAAACGAAGUCAGGUCGGCAUCGUCAGUAGUUUAUAAAAGGGCAGGGAUGCACUUCGUCAAACUGCAAAACCUUCAAAAGCGUAAAGCAAUGGAUAUAAAGUCCUUUUACAUUAAUGAUGAUGUGUUUCUCGCCAUUGCCUCUCAGCCAGAGUCAUACAUUAACAAGUGGAAUGGAAGUCAGUUUGUACAAUUUAAGACUAUCCUUACUUCUGGGGCCAGGGCCCUGCAUCCCUUUGUCAUGUGCGGUCAAACUUUUCUGGGGGUGGCUGAUCAACUCAGAACAAAGACAGUGUUGUAUCGGUUCUCCGCCCCAGGCCAGUUCACAAAAUAUCAAGAGCUUUCAACCUUUGGAGCCAUUGAUAUGACGUCAUUUGAAUACAAGGGUCAUACAUACCUGGCUAUUGCUAAUUAUGGAAAUAUUAACCAAAGGAACAUUAAAAGUACGGUGUUCAAGUGGGUCUAA